AUGCGGUACUCUGUGCUCGGCCAGGUGGCCGUCACCCUGACAGGGCUGUCUGGUCUGGCCGCUGCGAUGGGCAUGGGUGCUAUUCGGCGGGAAUUGAGGCUGGCGGCGGAAUUUGGGAUCAACCCUGAUUCUAUGAUCAAGCAGCAGAAGUCUGCGAAUGAACUGGCUAACGAUGAUGACUCGGGCAAUGUCGUGGCGAAAACGGUUUUGCUUCCAAUCGACCAUGGAGAUCCCUCUGUCGGGCACUAUGAGAAUCGCUACUGGGUCAAUGAUGAGUAUUAUCAGCAGGGAGGACCUGUCUUCGUGUACGAUGUGGGCGAGGCCACUGCAGAGGCUGCGGCGAAGCAGAACUUGGGCAACUCGACUUCAGUCCUGACCGAGAUGUUGAAUCAAUUCGGAGCAAUUGGUAUUGCAUGGGAGCAUCGAUACUACGGCGAAUCGCUCCCUUUCAACGUCACUGUCGAUACGCCGCCCGAGGAUUUGAAAUACCUCACGAACAAGCAAGCAUUGGCCGACAUCCCAUUCUUCGCGAAGAACUUCACCCUUGACGGGCACGACGAGGAUCUCACCCCAGCUGCGAAGCCGUGGGUUAUGAUAGGAGGCUCAUAUUCCGGUAUGCGAGCUGCUUUCACUCGCCAUGCUUAUCCAGGCACUAUCUUCGCCUCCUACGCGUCCUCGGCCCCCGUCGAGGCUCGGGUGAAUAUGAGCAUGUACUAUGACCAAGUCUAUGCUGGCAUGGUGGCCAACGGAUACUCGAAUUGUACCAAGGACAUCAAAGCCGGACUCGAGUACAUCGAUGAGGAACUUUCCAAGAACGCAACUGCAGCUGUGGCAAUUAAGAAGCUCUUCUUUGGCGACGGAGCGGAAAAGAAUAACAACGGCGACUUCACCGCAGCCCUCGCAGGCAUCUAUGGUUAUUUCCAAGGAUACGGUCUCGGCGGCGGUAAAGGCGGACUCGGUGCUUUCUGCGAGUACCUCGAGACCGAUCCUGCGACUCUCCAACCAGCCGGACCUGACGGCUUCGCGCCCCAGCGAGGCAAUAAAUACGUCGCCGAGCGUUUCGCCUCAUGGCCCAUGUUCGUCAAACUCGUCAACUUCAACUACGGCACAAACUGUCGGCAAAGCAACACCACCCAACCGCUAGAAUGCACACUCAACCCCAAAUCCACGGACCCAGACACCAUCAGCUGGACCUGGCAAUUCUGCACUGAAUGGGGCUACUACCAAAGCAACAACUUCGGCCCUCACUCACUGCUCUCCAAAUUCCAGACCCUCGAAUACCAACAAUACACCUGUAACCGGCAGUUCCCCGAGGCCGUGGAAAAGGGCCUCUUGCCCAGGAUGGCACACGCCGACGCGACCAACCAGGAAACCGGUGGCUGGACUAUUCGUCCGUCGAACGUGUACUGGAGCGGUGGACAGUUCGAUCCCUGGCGUACCCUCUCACCUCUGUCCACCGAGGAUAUCGCCCCGAAGGGGGUGACGUUCACGACAGAGAUCCCGAGGUGUGGCGUGGAGACGGGCGAGCACACGCUGUUUGGGUACAUCAUGGACAACGCGGAGCAUUGUUUCGAUUUGAUGUCCAGGUUCGCUCCGGGACGGAUCUCGCGUGGAUACUUUUACGAGGCGUUGGAGUCGUGGUUGCCCUGUUUCAAGCCUGCGACAAUGCACGGGGACUGA